AUGACUGGGUUUGACUUCUAGAACAGACGCCGCAACAAGAGCCUGGAAUGAGGAUGAGCUGUGGAUUGACUUACAGGUCAAUGAAGAGCCGUUGGAUCACAAAACUCAGCCGGCCUUGCUCACAUGGACCCAUGGGAUUAUUUGUGCCACCAAGUCCUCCUUUGGACCCUAAGAAGGUCAAAGAGUUACAACGCUUCAUCACCCUUUCCAAGAAACUUCUAGUGAUGACCGGGGCAGGAAUCUCAACUGAAUCAGGAAUCCCAGACUACCGGUCAGAAAAGGUGGGACUGUAUGCUCGUACGGACCGGCGACCUAUCCAGCAUGUAGAUUUUGUACGAAGUGCUCCCAUCCGCCAGCGCUACUGGGCAAGAAACUUUGUGGGCUGGCCUCAGUUCUCAGCCCACCAGCCAAAUCCUGCCCACUGGGCUUUGAGCAACUGGGAGAAAAGAGGAAAGCUGCACUGGUUGGUGACUCAAAAUGUGGACGCUUUGCACACCAAAGCAGGGAAUCAGCGCUUGACGGAGCUGCAUGGGUGCAUGCACAGGGUCCUCUGCCUGAAUUGUGGUGAGCAGACUCCUCGGGGGUUGCUGCAGGAACGCUUUCAAGACCUGAACCCCAGCUGGAGUGCUGAGGCCCAGGGCGUGGCUCCCGAUGGAGAUGUGUUUCUCUCCGAGGAGCAGGUCCAGACUUUCCAGGUCCCGUCCUGCGUGCGGUGCGGAGGCCCUCUGAAACCAGAUGUCGUUUUCUUCGGGGACACAGUGAACCCUGAUAAGGUUGAUUUUGUGCACAGGCGUGUGAGGGAAGCCGAUUCCUUGCUGGUAGUAGGAUCUUCUCUGCAGGUACCUGACUCAGUCAAGGUGGUUAACUGCCCUUUGCUUCCUCUUAUCUGGACUAGCUUUUCCUGGAUCUCACUUUGUUUCCGGUCUGGGCAGGUGUACUCUGGUUACAGGUUUAUCCUCACUGCCCGGGAGAAGAAGCUACCAAUUGCCAUACUGAACAUUGGGCCCACACGAUCAGAUGAUUUGGCAUGUCUGAAACUGAAUUCUCGCUGUGGAGAGUUGUUGCCUUUAAUAGUUCCACACUGACUAACAGCCUGAUCGUCCUGAGCCUAAAUCUGGAACGUUCCCUUGAAUCCUGCUGCUGAAGAUCCUUAAGGAUUCAGCCCCUUUCCCUCCAACUAAAUUAAGCUCACUGCAAGCUAUAGAGGGCAGCAAGCUACCAUCUCUUCAACAGCCUAUCUCUGAACAGAUGAGAGUCAACCUCUGAAGAGACUCUUUCAAAGAAACAAUUGCUCUUGAUGGGAAAACUGCACUCAUUCCAUUCUUAUGUCACCCAGUAGAAGAAAUGGCCUGGGAAAUGUACAGACUGGCAUGGUCUUUGCAGUGCUAACCCAGAGAUUUCACUAAUUUGUGGAGUAGGGCUAGAAGGAAAUAACUUGACUUAUAUUCCCAAAUGGUUGUAUCUUUAACUGAACUAUUUUGAUAUAUUUUUGACAC